AUGGAAGGAGGCGAUGGUGUAGUGGCGAUAGUGCGUGGUUGUCGACACGCCAAAUUGGCGGUUACAUUACUUCCAGGAGCAUAUUUCAAAUUGAAUAGAAGACAAUGUGCAGACAUUGGUCCUACAAGAGUCUGUCAGUCCAGUGUAGAGACUAACACUACGCGGAUGUUGCAACAAGUGUCUCAAUAUGAUGUCAGUUACAAGCAAUGUCCCAUAGUGACAAGUCGCUACGUCCAUCAUAAAAGACAUGGGAAGUGUUUGAAAUCAUCACCAACAGAAUCUGUGCCUUGUGAAAUAAAAACUUUGAGGCAUACCGUGUCUUCUAAUAUUGUUAAGCUUCAAUCAAAACAAAAAUCAUGUUUCUGUCAUCAACCAUUAACUUGUGACUGUAAAAGAAAAGAGCAUGAUCCAAUCAAUAAUAUCUUCACAAAUUCAUUUCCUGAAUCAGAUCAGCGGAAAGAAUUCAAUCAGCCAGAAAAACAAACUAUACUUGAAGUUAGAACACCCAGAGAAUUUACAAAAUUCGACAAUGAUAUUGAAAAUGAGGAAAUAUUUAAAGAAAUCAAUAGGUGGAUGAAAGAAAUACCCGUCUAUCCCAAUUUCAAUGAAACUGAUAAAUUAAAACAAGACGCAGUAAUAAUAACAUUAGCGAAAACAUUAAAAUAUUUGCUAAAUCAAACUGAUUUUAUUCCAAAAGCGAAACCUGAAAUAGUGAAAUGUCUUAAUGCCUUACCUAUAUGGCGGCCGAAUGAGCAAACAGAUGAAGCGAACUUUAUAGAUGAUCUAGUUAAUAAACUUAGUAAAAGAUUUAUAAAUUUAGCAGAGAAUAACUUUAUUGAUUGUAUUACAAAACAGGUACAAGAUUUACCAUUUAAAGAUGAUAAUAGUAUUAACAACACUCACAUACAAAAUACCAUUGAUCAAUUUAUUAAUAAAUUAAAACCUUUAGCACUCAAUAGAUCUACUGAUGAUGUAACUUACAAAAAAAAAUUAAAGUUAAAAUUAAACGAUUUACUUAACGAUUUAAAUCUGAAAAUAGAUAAAAGUGAAAUUGAAUCCAUUGAUAUUUUGGCUGAUAAUUUAGCUGAUCAGUUGUGUCAUAUGCAUCUUUAUAACUCUACAAGUAAUGAAAGAGAGUUUAAGAAUAACGCCAAUGUUGUUCAAGAGAAGAUUCUAGCGUGGUGCCAAAAUUUAUCUGAAUUUACAAAUAAAGAUAUACAUCAAUGCGCAGAUUUAACACAUUUACUUACUAAUAAAUUACAAAAGUAUAAUUCACUAAAUUUCAAUGUUAAGGAAAAUCGAAAAAAAAUACAAGAUGAUAUAGAAAAAUGGUUAAGUUUGAUUGCUGAUAGAUUACAGAUAAGUUUCAGUGUAAAGAGAAAAAAUGAAUUAAGUAAAGAAUUAAUGAUGCAAAUAUUGGAGUUACAUGACAUAGACAAUAAAAAAUACGAAGAUGGUAUUUCAGAUAUUUCUUUUGGUACUUUUAUGGAAUGGCUUUUAAAUAUACCAGGAUUAUCGGAAGAAAAUAUAAUGGAAAGUAAAAAGAUGAUUGAAAAUUUAGCUAACUCAUUAAAAGAAAUUCAAAUACGUGACAAUAAUUCGGAAAAUAGAUUGUCUGAUACGAAAAAAAUGAUAACAAAUUGGUUACAACAUUUCUUGAGACAAAAAAAUGAGCAUAUAGACCCAUCAGCGCAUGAUAAUUUAGUAAAAAGACUUACAUCAAAAUCAGAUAAUAUGACCGAACCAAUGCCAAAACUAAGAAAACGGUGGGAUGAUUUGAAUCGAUCAAAUUUUGCCAAAAUCAAAGAAGCUGUUGGAACUAUAGAAAAUAACGACAACAUGGAAAUUAAUAAGACUUUUUCUAUUAAUUUAAGUUCCAAAAGCACACAAACGAUGCAUGAAUCUGAGAAUAAAACAAAUGAUUACCAAAACUCUAAGAAAAAGUACGAGUACCAAGAGAUCACUGAAAAUUUCAGUCAAUCAAAUCAAUCGCACAUGUCUCAAAACGAGACAUAUGAUAAUAACACAUUUGAUUUUACUGGGGCAAAAACAAGAAAAGAAUUCUUAGGUCCGAGACCCCUGAAUGCUUCAAGUAAAUACACUACCAAUAAUGAAGACAAAAUGACUACUACGACUAUAGAAGAAUAUCAUAGUGAAAGUAGUUCAAUAUUAAGAAAUAUAAAUGCGACAUCUAAGAAGAUAUUAGAUAAAGAAUUUGGAAAUUUUAAAUCAUAUAAGGAAAGCGAUAACAAAUCUAAAAUUUCAACUCCUAAUACAUAUAAAGAUAAUAGUAUGCAAACUUCGACUUUUCACGAAAAGUUAGUACUCGAAGAUAAUUUUACAACAUCUACACCACUAGCAUCAUCAUUAAAAAAUUCUACUCCACAUAGUAAAAUGACUUCAAUUGAUGAUAUUUUAAUAAAUAAAAAGGAAUCAAGGAAUAAAGAACUAUCAGAUAAUACACAAUAUCUUCAUCGAUUAGAAAGUGCUAUUGAUGAUUGGCUAAAAACACUUGACCUUGACGUUAAAGAUUUAGAAAAACACAAUUUGGCUGAAAGUAUUGCAUCUGAUUUUCUUGAUAGAAAAAAAUACUUAAAACUCUCCGGCACAAAGACAUCAGAGAUCCAUGAGCUAGAACAGCUUAAAUAUCAAAUAUAUAGAAGAUUGUACAACUUCACUAACUCUGAAACAAUACCGGUAGUUAUAGCAAAAGUAAAUGAUCUAUAUCGAUAUCUGAUAAGGCUAUCUAAACCUCAAACGAAUAAAUCCAAUGAAAUAUCAAAUACACUUGACACUGAAUCGUUUACUGACUUAAAAAGUAAAAUUAAAUCAUGGUUAAAUCUUAUUCCAUCUCAACUUUAUUUAUCAAAUGAUAAAAAUAACAAAGAAAAUCUGAUUAAAAACUUAACCACAAAAGUACAUUCUCUAAUGAGAAGUGGGAAUUAUGAAGAUAACAUUAAAAGUGAAUUUUUAAUGUGGUUGCCUAAACUUUUAAAAGUUUGGAAUAUAAACGAAUUAAAUGAUUUAGCUGAAAAUUUGAAAUCUCAUAUAGAAACUGAUUAUAAUAUAGAGGCACAAAAUGAUAUACUAAAUCAACACACUGAAAAUAAUAAUUUAAUAAAUACGCAAAUUCCAACACAAAAUACUAGUGAAUUUAUAGUUGAAAAUUUAAGAGGAGUUGCUGUAGAAUGGUUCAGGAAGGUGCGACCUUUUCCCAGAAAUAUGAUGACAAACAUAUCUUUGGUAGAUAAUUUCACUUCAGCGUUAGCUAAUGAUUUAAAGAAAGUAUUUGAAAAUAAUUCAAAUAUAUGGUCUCUUGAGUUUGAAGAUUUACUCGUUAAAGAAAUAGUAAAAAAUAUAAAAAACGUUUUGUGUGACCAUGAAAGUGAUAGCUUAUAUCAAAGACUUGCCAAUGAUUUUAUAACAUAUUUAAAGCAAAUACGUUUAUUUCAUGAUAUAUCAGAUAGAAUUCCUAUAAAUACAACUAAUGUAGACGAAUCCAAGUAUGAGAAUGAAAUUAGGAAAGCUGUGACUAUUUGGUCUAAAAAUUUAAUUUUGCAAUCAGAAAUAAGUUUCAAAGAUAUAGAACAAAUUUUAAAUAAUUUUAUUGAUAUUUUGUCAACUUAUAUGAUAAAAGAUAUUAAUAGUAUUGAAAAUCGCUUAAGAGAAGAUACCCUAAAAAUAUUAAAAAAUAUUCCUUUAAAAAUACACCAUUUAAGAUAUGAUGAGUUACAAGAGCAUAUAGAAUCAUUGAUAAAUAUUAUGAGAACUCAUAUAGUUUCCAAAGAAAACAUUGAUUUCAUUUCUAUGACUAUAGAAAAAAAUACUGACUUAGGAGAUAAUGUUAAUUUACAACCUACUCGUGAUACUCGUAUAAGCAAUGUAGACGAUAUACAUACUAUAAUUAAAAAUUGGUGUGAUAAUAUUCCUCUCUAUGUAGAACAUUCGGAUGGUGAUAGAGUAAAAUUGAAAGAGAUGAGACAGAAUAUUGCUAGUCAAAUAAUAAAUUUCUUUGAUAAUUUAAAUACGAAACAAAUUUAUUCUAAAGACGAUUUUUAUGAAUUGUUACGAUAUGAAAUCCAAAAACUACUUAAAAAUAUGCCCAUGACUCAUGAAUUAGAAAAUUGUUUGAAUAUAUUAAUAGAUGUGGUAAUUGAGAAGCUUAAAGAUGUGACACAUGACUAUGUUAAUCAAGAAAAAAAAGAAUCGGUUACUUCGACCUAUAAACUUCUACUACAUCAAGCCAUUAACAAAACAUUGUCACUUAUUGAUAAUCCCACAAUUGAUGAGCAGAUAUCUUUUAAUUUACUUAAAGAAAAAUUAGCAAACGCAUUUAUAGAAUUACAUCAUCCUACAGACGAUGUUGAAAUCCGCAAUAAGUAUAAAGAUAAACUAUGUUAUGAAAUUGACAAAUUUUGCAAAGACUUUUUAAAUCAAAGUAUCUUUAUACCAGUAAAUUCAGAAAAAAUAAAAAACGAUUUGGAUAAAGCGUUGAAAAAUGUGUCAGUACCAAAGGUUGAUUUGCAAGACGCUUAUGAUUCUGCCACAGAUAAUGUCAGCCCAAAGAUUUCAUUAAAAAUUGACGCUUCAAAUCAAUUUAAUUUAAAUGUUCCACCGAGUACAUUAAGUGUCAAAGAAUUAGAUCAUACGCAAAGGAUACGAGCAAGAUCAAAUAUUAGAAUAGAGAGUCCAAAAAUCUUUCGAAAAGACAUUUCAACAAGCCCCCUACCUAUGGAUAUGGCAACUCAAACUGAAGUCAAUAUAGCGGAGGAAAUUAAUCAAACGUCAAACAACAUGGUCCUUGAAAGACCUAGCUUACGGAAAGAAGUAUCACCACAAGUACUUAUCAAGGAAUUUUACUGGGACUCCUCUGGAUCUAAGCAAAGUUUACGUAUGUUUUCUCCGUCAGAAAUUUCUCAAAGAAUAGAACCAAGGCCUACAAAUACAGCAAAAUCACAAACAAAUGAGAUUACUAAUAAGACUAUAAUAAAUAGUAUACAAUCGUCAAAAAUACUUCAAACGCAUGAAGAUACAAGUAAACGAGAAAUUCCAAGAACUGAAGCUAUUCCUAAGCAUACUAUAAAUUCUUUUCAACAGACUUCGAGCACCUUAAUCCAUCCUAUAGUCUCCUAUCCUAAAUCGAAUGUAGAAGAUAAUAAAAAAGAAUUGGAAGAACCAUACUAUAGCGUAAAAGAUAUAAACCAAAACCAUGAAAGGAGAGAAGUACGAAGUGAUCCGAUCUCCUUUCGAAGAAUUUUUCAAAAGGCUCAAAGGACAGGAGAAGGAAGUGAGGAAACUGAAGGAGAUAUACAUAUCAGGAGAAGUGUAAGACGAAAGGAUAUUUAUGAUGAUUUAUCAAAGAGAAUUCCAGAAGACCGACAGAUUGACGCACAACAGUAUCAUAAGGACGAUAGAAGGUGUAGCUGCAAGGAUAAUAUAUUAACAAAAUGCAGGAAAAGAAUGUAUUUCGACUGUCGUCAACCAAACUUGAGACACUGUGCUAAAGGAUUCGGUUGUUUUUGCCCUCAUCCGAGCAAUUUUUUCUUUAAAAGAGAUUUU